AUGGAAAUUAACGCUCUUAUCAACCACAACGAUAUUCACACGUCACCCACAGCCGAGCGCUUCUACCGGCUUCAAUUGGCAAGGCAACAACGGCCACACUGGCACUUGAACGCUCACAGGGCCCCAGAGCUCCCGCGUGAGCAAAAUAUUCGAAUACGUGCCUUGCGCGAAGACGCCUAUAUGUCCUACGCGGCUAUACGCGAGGCCACUGGCGCGUCGGAUAAACAGAUUCAAUAUGCUCUCACUACACCGUUGACCCCGCGAACAAACCGUCGUAGCCGGAAGCCCUCGCGGUUUACCGACGAAGAGAAGGACCGUAUUACUCGCCCUCUCAAUGACGACCCUAUCGCACGCAAGCUUAAUUGGCUAGAUUUAAAGCUGUAUUUGAAAGGAUCUAAACACUGGAAGGAUACGGCCUUCACCACAGCCAUGAGAGCAGCCGGCUUUAGUCGUCAGGUCCCACCGCGGAGGAUCAAGCUCACCGUCUGUGACGAACCCCUGUACAGAACCUCUGAAAGGGAUACGGGUUGA